AUGAGCAAAUUAGAAAGCCCCAGCAAAUCUCUCUCCCCAGCCAAUUCUGAACAAUCUCCCUUUUCGGAACCCAGAACGCCAGAACGGUGGUGGCAUUGGGGUUCCGAAUCAGCCAAGCAUGCAGAUUACUUUCAGUCUUCCGUUCUGAACCAAAAGCGGAAUCGAAAACAGUCGAGACGCUUUCCAGAGCCGGAGCUUUAUUCUGGUGAAGCAGAUUCUGAUGCUCGAAAGAGAAUGCGACCACUGGAAUCGCAUUACAACAACCGAAAUUCUAGGGGUCAGGUUUUACCAGACUCGGGCUCAAAGGCGCGGGUUGGUUUCUCUGAGAUGGAUGAAAACUCGAGAACGAUGAAUGAGAUUGGCGAAGGCGUGGAGACGUUUGAGAGUGGAACAGCCUCUCCGGUAGCACAAAUCAAUGUCAAAGACGAAGCUGCAUCAAAUUCAGAAUCAAGCCUCGGAAAGAGGAUCCAGCUGAUGAAAAUGGAAUUGGAGCUUGUGAGAACACACCACGAUAAGAAAAUCUUGACAUUGGAGAAAAACAUACGACACUUGCAAGAAGAAAACUUCGCUCUCUGUGAAACGCUACAUUGGUACAAGGGACAAUAUGAGGCUAGAGAAGGGGACUCGAGUCCUUUAGACGAAGUAAGAACACUCAGAGCAGAGCUAGGAAGGAAGAACAUGGAAAUUGAAGAGAAGAUCAGGCAAAAUUCAUCCCUCGAGGAACAAAUUAACACCGCAGAAGGAUUAAGUGGUAUAUUGAAAGACUCACAGGCAGCCAAUAACGUGUCAAUGAGGAUUUCCGAGGAUCUUUCCGAACUUGAGACUGCAGUGAGUCAAGCUGCUUUGCUUCUUCUUCAAUGUCUUUCCGACGAAAAAUUUUCAAAGUUACAAAAAAAGCCUUGCAAAAAGCCAGAAUUAUGCACGCUGAUUAGGUCAACUCUUGGGGAUAUGAGUAUUAUAUCUUUUGACCCGAAGAUUGCAUUUUCUGCACUGCUAUUCGGGUUCAUAAGGGAACGAGUCUGCCACUCAACUUGUUGGCUUAUUUUGCAACGGGAAGGUUACAUGCUAAAGGGAUACCAGUCAGCGAUUGAACGCAUCAGUAAGUCUCAUGCACAACUUAUUCGCUCAAGGCCGAUUCUGAUAUAUGACCAAGCUCCGCAAGGCACUCUGGAAGGAUUCCACAAGGCAGCAGUUGAGCUUAUGUUGGAAGAAAACCAUCCAUUCCUAGACUGUUGGGUUCAGUUACAAGCUGAAGAGUCUCAGAGUGAGCUCCUCAAACUUUUCAGCCCAUUAUUAAAAAUUCCCAAAUUUGGAAGCUUUGAAAAAGAUAUUCAGAAUACCCUGAAACGAGUUUUUGUCAAGGCGUUUCAAUUCCGUGCCCGCUGCGUACCCCCUAGAGGGACUCGCUAUGAGCUCAUUCAAAUGAAAGCAGGGGACAUAUUUGAACCAAAAUACAUGGAGGCUCAAAGACCUGAUGGAAGCCUUGUUUCAGUUCCCAGCGGAGAAACACGUCGUGUCAAAGUUUGUGUUCACGGUUGUCUUAUUUCUCACAUAUUUGAAGGGAGAUCACUCAACGGAGAACCACCAGACACAAUCACCGAACCAUUUGUGUUAGCUGAAACCAAGCAGAGUGACGGAGUCACCAAUAAAAAGGGACGGGGAAUUCUGAAAAGUGGAAAGGCAAUCGUUAUAUUAGAAGAUUGA